AACCCAAUCUCUCCGUUCCUGAGUACGCAAAGAAAUUUAGUCCAUGGGCUACCCGAGUACUAGUGUUACCCGUGUUGUGAACGAUGAGUGAUGGCUUUUGGGCGUAAGCAGAUCGUGAAUCAACCGAAGUCAUGGUCACAGAGCCAUCCGAUCCUUACUUUCCGUCCAUUGGCAAGGCCGCAGAACAGGCUGGUCUUCUCCCUAAUGACGAUUCCGACAUACAGGCAGACGAAUCCAUCGUGGAUCAGGAUCGCCCCAUUGAAGAGGUCGAAAGUUUAUGCAUGUCCUGUGGGCAGCAGGGCAUCACAAGGAUGCUGUUGACAUCCAUUCCUUAUUUUAGAGAGAUCAUUGUACUGUCGUUCCAGUGUGAACAUUGCGGGUUUAGCAACAACGAAGUGCAACCAGCGGGUUCAUACAAAGAACAAGGAACAGUCAAUACCGUUAAAGUGCUUCACCGCGAUGACCUGAAUCGUCAACUCGUGAAGUCGAACACAUGCACUGUAACUAUCCCUGAAUUCGAGCUCACCAUCCCUGCUAGCAAGGGACAACUGACCACAAUCGAAGGCAUUCUACGAGAUACAGUCACUGAUCUUAGCGCGGAGCAGCCAUUACGUCGGAUACAAGAUGAACAUGCAUACAACAAAAUUCAGGGACUUGUGGACAGCUUAGCCGACAUAAUCGCUGACACCGACUCCAAAACGGAGAGUUUAUCAGACAGCAUUCGGGAGGAGCCAGGAAAGGGACAACAUGAGAAACCUAUACGCGCUUUUACUAUCACUCUGGAUGACCCAACAGGCAACUCCUUCCUCGAGUUCCGAGAUUCCGCAGCUGAUCCUCAGUGGACGCUCAAGAGAUAUAGCCGCACGAAGCAACAAAAUAUCGAACUUGGCAUCACCGCGCCUGAUGAUGACUCUGAAUUGUUCACGGGGCAUCAUGAGCCCAGUGACGUGCCAGAUAAUGACGAAGUAUUUACCUUCGCCGGUAGUUGUUCGUCGUGUGGGAGGCCAUCGGAUACAAGGAUGAAGAAAGUAAACAUCCCAUACUUCAAAGAGGUCAUCAUCAUGUCCACCAAUUGUCCGCUCUGCGGAUAUAAGGACAAUGAAGUCAAGUCUGGUGGUGCAAUCGCACCUCAAGGAAAAAGGAUCAUUCUCAAAGUGGAGGAUCAGGAGGACCUAACACGAGACAUUCUAAAGAGCGAGACUUGUGGCUUCGAAAUUCCCGAGAUUAAUCUUGUCCUUCAUUCUGGCACACUGGGAGGACGAUUCACGACCCUCGAAGGUCUCCUGCAGCAGAUAUACGACGAGCUAAGCUCGAAGGUUAUCAUAGGAGACUCCGCAGAUGGCGGCGAAUCUGAUAAGGAGAAAUUCACGAAGUUCCUUUCUGACCUGAAAUCCGUAAUGAGUGUUGAACGACGGUUUACUAUCAUCCUCGACGACCCUCUUUCAAAUUCGUACCUCCAGAACAUCUAUGCUCCCGACGAGGAUCCUAACAUGACGGUGGAAGCUUACUCCAGAACCUUGGAACAUAACGAGGAUCUUGGUCUAAACGACAUCAAAGUUGAGAACUAUGAAGAACCUCACGCUGGGCAAACUGUUAAUCAGGUGGAAUGACGGUGCACACUAUAGAUGCAAUAUGAUACGCAUACCACGAUAUCUAAUCGAGAAGUUGACAUGGCUUAUAGUUCGUUAAUCAAAAUCUUGUCUUCCCCAUCUGGAUUGAGCUCGUCCCUUCACGCUCAAAUGCGGCACCUUCAGAGGCGGCCUGUCUGAUUUCCCUGCGAAAAUAUUCACUCAACCAGUGCAGAGUCCAAGGUUGAGGUGACAUACCUUUGUUUGGCACUGGAUUUUCUCCCAGCUGUCGCAAGCAUUGGUGCGGGAUUAGGUGGCCUCAGGUUCUCAUGUAUCACCGGCGAGAUAUUAUAUACCCG